GAACUAGAUGAUCCCUUAAUCUUCAUACAUGAUAAGAUGGUAUCCAAUGUUCAAGCCAUCAAAGUGUUGGAACUUGCUAUCACGGAAGGAAGGCCUCUGCUUAUUGAAAGGCAUGAAGGUCUGCGCGGUCAAAGUUCCUGGUCAUGGAGAGAACAUGGAACUCAAUUUACUUGCUAUCGUUACAGGCGGGCAAAUCUUUACUGAAGAAAAUGGAAUGAACCUUUUGCCUCACACACUUGGCACUUGUAAGAAGGUCAUAGUAUCUGAGGAUGACUGCACAAUCUUUGGUGGAGCCGCUGAUGAUAAUACUAUCGAGAACAGAACUAAGCAGCUGAGAUCUGCAACUGAGAAAAGCACGGGAUUGGCAGAAAUGUAUUGUUGUGCUAUUACUAUGAAGAUUGGUGGAAUGGAUGAACUGGAGAUUGGUGAGAAGAAAGACCGAGUGACACAUGCGCUAAAUGCCACGAGAGCUGCAGUUGAGGAGGGCAUUGUACCAGGUGGUGGUGUUGCCCUGGUUUAUGCGGCAAAAGACCUGGAUAAGCUGGACACUGUAAAUGUUGGCCAAAAGAGCGGUGUUCAGAUUAUUCAAAAUGUCUUGAAGAUACCAUUUCACACCAAUGCUUCAAGUGCUGGUCGUGAUGGUGAUGACAUUCUUAGCAAGAUCUUAGAGCAGAACAAUACUGGCCUGGCAUAUGAUGCUGCCAAAGGUGAAUAUGCCGAUAUGCUGGAGGCCGGUUCCAUUGAGCCAUUUAAAGCGAUCAGAAUAGCCCUGAUGGAUGUCCAACGAGAGUCAUGUCAAAUGUUAACUGACACAGGCGGCCACUUGAGCCCGAAGGAAAGAACGCAGAACAAGCAAUUUGCGGUGCCAUGAGCAGGACGUUUUUAACCUGCUUUAACUCUGAUUACUAAGUUUACAUUUAGGUUUGAACAUCUUAUAAUUUGGAACGGAGGGGGCACUUAUUUGCACUAUCGAUCCGUGUCACUCUGUUUCAUGCCUCGAAUAUUUGUUUGAGACAACUGUUACAGCCUACCAGGACUAUGUUGCCUUUACUUGCAAGAAUGCUCAACUUUGCUUCAUGCUUAGUGGAGCUGGUUUACUUAUUUGCAACCU